UUGACGACCAAUUAACUCAGCUAUUUUGUCCCUUCAAUGCUGAAGCUUACCACCAUCACCAUAUGUGGACAGCUUUACCACCGAGACCUGUCAAGAAACCAUCAUCUUCAUUUCUCAGUUGAAAAAUGGACACCAGCUGGCUCCUGGCUCUUCUCCUCCUCCAAACAGUUCUCACAGAAGCUGCCCUUGGUGUUGGCGUUGGCAUUGGUGUUGGCAUUGGCGGCGGAGGCGGCGGAGUCUGGAUUGGCGGGGGCGGGGCUGGCGGCAACAACAGCCCGGCAACCCCACCUGGGUCCUCAGCCCCAAAGCUGAAGAAUGCUUACACUGCCCUGCAGGCAUGGAGAUCUGCCAUCACAGAAGACCCAUUGGGGAUUUUGGACAAUUGGGUUGGCUCAAAUGUGUGUUCUUACAAGGGUGUUUUCUGUGGGGAGCCUCAAGAAGAAGUUGGUGGUGAUCCAACUGGCCCAGCUGUUGCAGCCAUAGAUCUCAACCAUGGAAACCUAAAAGGUACCCUUGUGAAGGAACUUGGCCUUCUUGCUGAUUUAUCUCUUCUUCAUCUCAACAGCAACAGAUUCACAGGCACAGUGCCUUACUCUUUCAAGGAUCUCUCAUCUCUCUCUGAGUUAGACCUCAGCAACAACCAGUUCUCUGGCCAAUUCCCAACCCCAACUCUUCUCAUUCCAAAUUUGGUUUAUCUUGACCUUAGAUUCAACAGCUUCUCUGGGCCAGUUCCUGAAGAUCUCUUCAACAGAAAGCUGGAUGCUAUCUUCCUCAACAAUAACCAGUUUAAUGGGCAAAUCCCUUCAAAUUUGGGGAAUUCUCCAGCUUCUGUGAUAAACUUGGCUAAUAACAAGUUCUCUGGGAACAUCCCAUUUAGCCUUGGCUACACAGGUCCGAGGUUGAAGGAGAUUCUGUUUCUGAAUAACCAGUUGACAGGGUGCAUCCCAGAGGGAGUUGGGCUGUGGCAAGAUUUGCAGGUUUUGGAUGCGAGCUUCAACUCACUGAUGGGUCAGUUGCCAGAUUCAAUUUCUUGUUUGGAAGACAUUGAAGUGCUCAAUUUGGCACACAACAAGCUCUCUGGGGAGUUGCCAGAUGUGGUUUGUUCAUUGAGUAGUUUAAUGAAUCUGAGCGUGGCUUACAAUUUCUUCUCUGGAUUCAGCCAGGACUGUGCCAAAUUGCUGCACAGCAAUGUGGGUUUUGAUUUCUCCUUGAAUUGCAUUGCUGGGAGGGCUAUGCAGAGGCCUGAGCCAGAGUGCUCUGUGAUCCCAGGAGGUGGCUUGAAUUGCCUAAGAAUUCCAGCAGCAGGGCCUCUGGUUUGUGGGGUAUUAGGUGACCUUACUGGUUCUCGUUUUAGCACUUCAUCUCCAUGAUAGAGAGAGUACAGUGAAGAGUUGGAAAACAGGUGGGUGAUGGCUGUGUCUCAUUAACUAGGAGCAGUUAUGAUUUUGAGCCUCCUAAUUUGUUUCUUCAUGAGGCCAGUAAAUCUAUAUAUAUAAUAUUAUGUCUUUCUUGUCUGGAUAAGACAUGCCCAGGAAAUAUUAGAAAUAAUGCACAAAGUCUGAGCCAUUUUCCUGCUUCUGAUUUUGUCCUGACCACCAACCAAAUUUAUAGCAUUGAAAGUUCAAAUCUGUGUGAAUCUUAAAGAUGAAGGGUCUUUGCCUA